AUGUUGGUUAGUAACUAUUAUGAUGCUUUACAAAAGUAAUUGGACCAGAAAUUGGCAGCAGAAAUAACAAGGAAGUUUGUGUUGGAACUAUUACAAGGAGAUACAGUAAAUUUGAAAAAGAGUGUUGUUCAAACAGUUCUGAUUGGAUUAUCGAAUUCCCUAGAAAGAGCUCUACAAUAUAGCGAAUACUUCUGGUAGCUGCAGUGUAACUUAUAGAUAAUACUUUUUUUGAUAAAAAAUUUCCCUGCUUACACCCUAGGUUCAUCUCAUGCUGCUGAUAAAGAAUAAAACAUAUCAAAUAAAAACAAUAUAAAUUUAUUACUUUGA